GAAUCUGCUGCUGCUGAUUCAUGUCUCCCCCGCUGCUCAUUUCUCGAUUAUUAUAUCCCAAUUUAGCCCGACGAGGAGGCGGGAGGAAACAGAGCAGAAACAGAGCAGUGAUACGAAGAACAGAGGCGAAAGAGAGAGGAAAUCUUCGGAAAACUCUCCGGCGGAGAAACCAACUCGCGUUUUGCCCAAAAGGAAGCUAUUCACCGAGCUCUUCUCCCCAGAUGUUCUACCGAUUGGAUCUGCUACUGGUUUCCUCCAUGGCGCUAGGGAAACCCAUAAAAAUGGAUGCUCGUACUGCAUCUGGGGGUCACGUUGAGAGGGCAAGAAUUUGCAUCAGAAUUGAUGUCUCCAAUCCUCCACCUCCUUUCCUCCAUGUCAGACUGGGCGAAAAGGAACACCUCUUCCCCAUUUCUUAUGAAAAACUCCCUUCCUUUUGUCAUUCAUGCCUCAAACUUGGUCACGCCAGGCAGAAUUGUCCUUUGAGGGCUGUUGCCGGCAGGGAAGUCCACAACGCCGGCAAGGAAAAGGUGGCAAUGAUAGGAGAGAGUGAAGCUGGUUGGACAGUGGUCCAAACAAAAAAAGCCAAGCAACAUAUGCCAAGGAGUAAACCACCUCACCUCUGGAAAGCUGUCCCUGCCCCUCCAGCUUCAUGCCAUGCACUAAAAUCCAUCCUUUGUUCACCCCACCCUCCCCUUAAUGUCUUACCACCUCUCAACCAGCCUUCCACCUCGUCAGUUGACCCACAACCCACUACCAUUUCAGAUAGUGGGUGCCAAGCUUUCAUUUUGGUCCUCGAGAGAUUCCUCCAUAAGGAACUCAAUAAAAUCUUCAACAUUACUGCUGUUUAUGGAAAACACUCUAUCAUUGAGCGUCAAGAGCUCUGGCAUUCCCUUUCAGAAACAUGUCCUUCAGAUGAGGCUUGGAUUAUAUUAAAUGCCUCCAACCUUAGUAAGGCAGGCUCAGAUCAUAACCCCUUGCUGCUGGAUUGCAUUCUGGAAACCCCAAGAUCUCCUAAAGGGUUCAAAGUCCUUAAUGUCUGGUUCUCAAACCCCUCAUUUCUCACAACUAUUAAUCACAUCUGGACUUCUACUGGAACUUGUGGAGGUAUGAGAGGUUUUAGCAACAAAUUAAAGGAGCUAAAAUCAGCAAUCCGUAAGUGGAACAAGGAAUCCUUUGGUGAUAUUUUUCAAAAUCUUAAAAAAGCAGAGGAAGAAGCCAUCACUGCAGAACUCUCCUAUGAUUCCAACCCUAUUGAAUCCAAUAGGGAAGCUUGGUCGCAAGCUAUGGCUAACCUGCUAAUGGCAACUAAAAAAGAGACGGAAUAUUGGAAGCAAAAGGCCCAAAUACGGGGGAUGGAAAAGGGAGACAGCAAUUCCAAGUUCUUCCAUUCCUUCGUUAAGGGCAGGAGAGCUAAACUCACUAUAUCACAAAUCAAAUCCAGAUCAGGUCAAACGCUUAAGGACGCUGCAAGCAUUAAGGCUGAAGCUGUCGACUUCUUCACCCAAACCUUCUCCCACUCCAGCAUUAUUGAUCCUCAGGAGAUUCUGAAAUUUAUCCCCCAAGUAAUCAGCGAGGAAGAUAAUGCCUUCAUAUCACGCCUUCCUUCCAUGGAAGAGGUUAAACAGGCAGGUUGGGAACUUGACCCGCAUAGCACUUGUGGCCCGGAUGGAUUUAAUGGAGAGUUCUUUCGCAGGACCUGGCACAUCUUGGGGAAGGACCUCCUACUUGCCAUGCAAGAGUUCUUCCUGGGAAUUCCCCCUCCCACAGCUUAUGGGGCCACCACCUUAACCCUUAUACCCAAAAUCCCAAACCCUCAAACUUUCAACGACUUUCGCCCCAUCUCCCUCUCUACCUUCAUGAGUAAAAUCCUUAGCAAGCUCCUUGCCAUCAGACUCAAAUCCUUCCUUCCCAAACUAAUAUCCAUGGAACAAGGGGCCUUUCAAAAAGGGAAGGAUAUUGCUGAUCAAAUUCUUAUUACCGGAGAACUCCAUCACUCCCUUGACAGGAAAGUUAAUGGGGGGAAUCUCAUCAUCAAGGUGGACAUGGCCAAGGCGUUUGAUAGGCUCAACUCGGAGUACCUCCAGGGUGUCCUUUCAGCUUUUGGUUUCUCCCCUCAUGUCAUUAGGAUUCUCUUUGCAAAUCUUAAAUCCACCCACUUCUCAAUCCUAAUCAAUGGUGAACCCACUGGUUUUUUCAAAAUGGAAAGAGGCAUCAAACAAAGAGAUCCUCUCUCGCCAUUGUUAUACAUCCUGGGGGCUGAAGGUCUAAGCCGAACCCUUAACCACCAUGUAAACUCCAGCUUCAUCACACCUUUCAAUGCAGACAGAUGCCCCAGGAUUAACCACCUGGCCUUUGCGGAUGAUCUGAUCCUUUUCACCAAUGGACACUUCUGAAAUCUCCUUAGAAUCAAAGGAAUCCUUGAAACUUACCUAGCAGCCUCUGGUCAAGCAAUAAAUUAUGAUAAGAGCAGAUUCUACAGCCCUACCAGGACCCCUACAACGUCACUUUCUGCAAUGGAAAGAGCCUUGAGUAUGAAGCCAGGAGCCAAACCUUUUAUCUACCUUGGAGCACCCAUUUGUAAAGGAAAGUUGAAAAAGGAACAUUGUUCUUCCCUGUUUACUCACUUUGAAAAAUUCCUGUCCUCUUGGUACAGUAAAGCCCUCAACCCCAU